CGUAGAUACAUGCAAUCUAAGUGAGAACAAAAUGAGCCAGGAACAACUCAUCAAGAAUGUUGAAGAUUCCAAACUGUACAACAAUAAUUUUAAGGUGGAUGGUGAUGCUGCAACUGCGACAAGGAAAGGCCAUUUGCAUGAGAUGGCUGGUUUGAUAAGCCAGAGCAACGCACACAAUGUUGUAGCUAACCCGACAGAAAUCAUCGGUGUCCAGGUGGUGAAGCCAGACAGCCAGACAACUGGACCACUUGGAUCACAACCAGAGCAGCGAGGGGACAUCACCAUCGGUGAAGCACUUGAAGCCACUGCCCUGACGGCAGGGCACAGACCUGUGGACUAUAGCGAUGCCGCCGCAAUACAGGCGGCAGAGGUUAGGGCAACUGGACGUACCAAUAUUGUGCCCGGUGGCGUGGCUGCUGCCGCUCAAUCCGCCGCUACCCGCAAUGCUCGAGUGCCAAGAGAUGAGGAUAAGACAAAGCUCGGGGAAAUUCUUUCGGAUGCAAGUUCAAAGCUGCCAUCCGACAAACCAGUGACACGAAGAGAUGCGGAGGGAGUCAUAGGCGCGGAGCUAAGGAAUGAUCCCAACCUCUGUACCCGUCCAGGAGGCGUAGCAGCCUCUGUCGCUGCGGCUGCAAGGCUUAACCAGACUAACUCUCUUGCUUCUAAUAAUAACAACAAUACUAACAUUAUUACCGAUAACAACAAACUAAACUAAUGAAGUUUUAGAUCCUGUCUUUUUCGAUCCUCUCUGCUGAUUAAUUUUUACAUCAGUCUAUGGGAUCCUCAACCAUAAAAGGAAAAGGUCAAUUGGAUCCUAUAUUAAUUACUCCAUUUGUUAUAUCUCCUACAACAUAAAUAAACUCAAAUGUUCGAUCGAGUCAUUCACUCAAGCAGCAAAUUAAAUAAAAAGAUCUUUAGUUACCCGAUGUGGGUUUUUUUAUCUCAAAGAUCUUUAUGUUAUUUAUAGUUAGUUUUGAUAUAUAGGAUGCCAUCGUUGGCUUCUUUUUAUUUUAUCGUGUAGUUUAUUGAAUUUUGUGUUAUUGUACAUCUUUCUAUUCAAUAAGUUUUGAUUAUGUACUUUAAUUAAAAGUUUACUUAGACAGUAUUCCAUGCACAACGGGUAGGAUCAGCCUUUCCAGAUAUGUUCAUCUUUUGUUAAGUUAUGCUAAGACAGUCCAAUUUGUCGGUGGUGUCCAUUUAA